GGGCUCCGUGCGCGCUGUGCGCUGUUUCCCCGGCAGGUUCCUAAGACGACCUGCCUUCAAGGAGCGUUUCCCUGGGCGCACCUGCCUCCCGGCUCCGAUAGCCGGGAGCGUGCGGUGGGCAGGGGAGGGAGAAGCCAGUGCGAUCGCGGAUCCCCGGGAGACCUGGCCGUCUCUUUCAGUAUCAGAGAGCGGAGACGCCGUCGCCGGAGCGCAUAUCUCGGGGUCUCGCUGGCUCUGGUGCGCCUUCUUACUUGCCUGACCCGAGUACGAGCCAGCAGGCAUGGGUUGUUUGGGCAACAGCAGCAAGACCGCGGAAGAUCAGGGCGUGGAUGAAAAAGAACGCCGCGAGGCCAACAAAAAGAUCGAGAAGCAGUUGCAGAAAGAGCGCCUGGCUUACAAAGCGACUCACCGCCUGCUGCUUCUGGGGGCUGGUGAGUCCGGGAAAAGCACUAUCGUCAAACAGAUGAGGAUCCUGCACGUCAAUGGCUUCAACCCCGAGGAAAAGAAGCAGAAAAUUCUGGACAUCAGGAAAAAUGUCAAAGAUGCUAUUGUGACAAUCGUUUCAGCAAUGAGCACUAUAAUACCUCCAGUUCCACUGGCCAACCCUGAAAACCAGUUUCGGUCAGAUUAUAUCAAGAGCAUAGCCCCCAUCACUGACUUUGAAUAUUCCCAGGAAUUCUUUGACCAUGUGAAGAAACUGUGGGAUGACGAGGGGGUGAAGGCUUGCUUUGAGAGAUCCAACGAGUACCAGCUGAUCGACUGUGCACAAUACUUCCUGGAAAGGAUUGACAGCGUCAGUCUGGUUGACUACACGCCCACAGACCAGGACCUGCUCAGAUGCAGAGUGCUGACAUCAGGAAUCUUUGAGACACGAUUCCAAGUGGACAAAGUGAACUUUCACAUGUUUGAUGUUGGAGGCCAGAGAGAUGAGAGAAGAAAAUGGAUCCAGUGUUUUAAUGAUGUCACUGCCAUCAUUUAUGUGGCGGCCUGCAGUAGCUACAACAUGGUGAUCAGGGAAGACAACAACACCAACAGACUGCGGGAAUCGCUGGACCUGUUUGAAAGCAUCUGGAAUAACAGGUGGUUACGAACCAUUUCUAUCAUCCUGUUCUUGAACAAACAAGAUAUGCUGGCAGAAAAAGUCUUGGCAGGGAAGUCAAAAAUUGAAGACUAUUUCCCGGAGUAUGCCAACUAUACUGUCCCUGAAGAUGCAACCCCAGAUGCGGGAGAAGAUCCCAAAGUUACAAGAGCCAAGUUCUUUAUCCGGGAUCUGUUCUUGAGGAUCAGCACAGCCACAGGUGACGGCAAACAUUACUGCUAUCCUCACUUCACCUGCGCCGUGGACACCGAGAACAUUCGCAGAGUGUUCAACGAUUGCCGUGACAUCAUCCAGAGGAUGCACCUCAAGCAGUACGAACUCUUGUGAGGGCUACCUACCCCUCCUCCUCCUCCUCCCUGCUGCCUCUCCUCCCUCUUGGCAACCCCAUGAGGCAGCAUAUCUCCCUAGCCUGCGUGUCUGUCCACCCUGAGCCAUGGUAGGGCGUAGUGAGUGUCUGGUGUCAUUGGGCUGCUGUCUGUCCUGUCCUAGGUAUGCCUACAUGUGACCACCAAGCCUCUGGCUACCUCUGUUCCCCAAGGUUUGGUUCUGUGACUCUGGACUAAACAGCCUCCCACUACCAAUUUAUAUCACUGCAAAGCCACCAACUCUCCCUUGGGUUAUACUGCAGUGGAUUUUCUCUGGGUGGGAAUCUAUUUAUUCUUUGAUUGAAUGGUUGAUAGGUUGAAUCAUCACAGACAGCUUGGUGAAUGGAGGAAAUACAUUGUUUUCAAGUUAUCAAGCACGAUCACGAAACUGCCAGGGCAGUGCCAUGCACUUGGUUUUCCCCUUUAAAAAUGUGAGGCUACCAGAUGUCUGCCUUUUCUGGUCUGCACUGGCCCAGUGCUUAAAGUAGAUUCAAGUCAGCAAAAGAAUAAGAGAAACCUUUUCAGCCACAGUUGGCUUAAAUACCGUAAGCCUUGGGUAUUUGGGUUAGAGCACUCCUUGGAGCCUUUUCACUGGGGCAGAAAACCUGCCACAUUUCACUACUGCAAAUGGUGUCCCGCCUAUAAACAAGGGGUCCUCUACACCUUCAUGACAGCUGGGCAUAGUCCUUCCUAUCUCCUUUCUGUUGUUGCUUUACUAGACUGUACAGACCACAAGAUGUAAUACUCUUUUCUACGGCUACUCAAGAGUCCUCCUUGCAGAGUUCUGUGCCUUGGUGGCCGUCACCCCUGUAAGGAAACAUGUCCCAGCUGUGUCCAGCAGUUUGCAGUCCACACAGCCUGCUGCUUCACAGUGGGGAAUCAGUAGUAUCUGUUCCUCUUAGGAUAUCUUUAUCAAGUUGGUACUUAAUGGAAGACUCGUAGACUUAGAAUCAUCCACUUUACCAGCAGUAGCAUCCUAACACUGAAACUGUUGCAGCUCCCCUGAACCUCAGCUGCUGCAAAUACUGGGAUGACCCACUUCCAAGGCAUAAUUUUCAACCAAUUCUUUUUUCAGGGUACUAAUGGUCCCCCCACACACACACACACAAGAUGAAAUGUUUCUGAUGACCCCUUCAAGUUUUGUAGGCAGGAGCAGGCUAACCACCCCUUAGUUAAGUUCUAUACACAGUCCACCAAACAAGAAACCAGUAGACAGAGGAAGCACAGUGGUGUCAAUGUUGUAUAUGAAUAAGGACAAUAGGAUGGCAUCUUCUGAAGAUGAAAUACUACAAAGCUACUUAUCCAUUAUCUGUCUCUCUAUCUGCAUUGCUAGGGAUGAGCCCAGCACCUAGAGCAUGCUAGGCAAGCACUCUACUGCUAGUCCAUAUCCCCAGUCAUAACUCCAGCCCCCACAGAAACCUUUAUUUUAAAUAUAAAGACAAAAAUAAAUGGCUGUUCCUCACAUGUGUAAGAUGUGCAAACACAAGUUAUGGCAGGACACCUAGAAAGGGAUCACUCUGUCUAAGCCCCAGGCUUUGGGGGUCAUGCUCUUAGGCUUAAAGUUGUCUGUAAAGAUGUCCAAAGUUAAGUCUUUAGCAGUACAAAUAGGAAGGAGUGGCAGCCUGCAUUGCUCAUCAUCUCCUGACUGUUUUGUUGAUUCUGUAAACAGCAGCAUUGUAGAAUGCUCUAAAAACUCAUCCUGGAUGAGAUACUCUUCCACGAAAGGGUACAGGACAUGCCUCAGCUCCUCAUCACUGUCUUCUUGUGCCAUUCUCUACCAUUGCACAAAACUUCCAUCUGAAGCCAGGCGAUGAGGGUGCACACCUUUAAUCUCAGCACUUGGGAAACAGAGGCAGGCAGAUCUCUAAGUUCGAGGCCAGCCUAGUCUACAGAGUGCAUUCCAGGACAGCCAGGGCUGCACAGAGAAACUCUGUCUCAAACAAAACAAACUUCCAUUUUGUUUUCCAACUUCCAACACAUGAGAUGACAGUGACUUUCAGUUCCCCCUGCAUUCUCAAAGCAAAGAAGAAAAACUUGCGUGUGUGUGUGCGCGCACACACACACACACACACACACACACACACACGUGAGGUUUUUAUACUAUAGUGUACAUUACUACUCAACAGUUCCCUGCUCACUAAAUGACUACUGAAAAGUUUUGUCGCGGCCGAAUGUGUAACUCUGAUGAAGCACAUGCUUAGAGACCUGAACUCAAUCAAAAGAAAUGUAAAUAAAGUUAAAUCAUUAGAAAAGACCCAGACUCCUUAAGUAAGAAAAACAAUGUGCUUUAUCUGACAGAAUUAUUACACUAUUUGUUCUUAAAUUCAAACAUCCAUGUCUUCCCUGAUUCUUUUCAUGUUUUAAACAUGCGCAGGCAUUAAAUUCAGACUCAAUAACAUGGUCUCCUGGAAAGAAAACUGCACAUACCUAAAAACCCGGUUCCUUUAGCACAGAAACACAAAAGCCUUUAGUCUCACUCAUUGAAUUUGUACUUUUGAGCAUAUAACUUCAUGAUCUAUAAGAAAAUGAGAGCCAUUUUGUAGAAAAACAGAAAAGACCCAACUUUCAGGAGUAGACAUAGUCUCGCGUGUCCAAAGCUGCGGGGUCCUUCCUGUGGAAGCACGGACUGUGUGUCACGCAUGCGAGUGGUAAUAGCAUCCAUGACAUUUAUAUUCUAUACAGAUGGAACCUUUGGUUAUACAUAUAUCUCGUAAAAUGAAAAGAUGAAUUUGCUACAGAGUACACGGUCUGUUUUUAUAGCGUGAGAACAGUGCAGCCAACCGUUUAUUCUGCAGUCGCUGGCAUUGAAGAUUCAGAGUCCCCGUGAGGUACAUAGGAACGACCAACAUUCGCUCUCCUCCGUGACUCACAGGAC